AUGUUCUUCCAACCCAUACCAGCUAAAGAUAAAAUUACUUUUACGAACAAAGAAGGUAAUAAGGAAACUGGCACUAAAAUCAGGUUCAGAAAUGGUUUCUGUUCAGAAGUUUUAACAUCGGUCGAUAUCCAAGAAAUAGUUAAAGCCGGUGGACGAAGUAUUAAAAUAUUAGAUGGUAUAGUACACGAAGAAAAUUUUAAAACUCCACCCUAUAGAGAUUAUAUUUUAAUUUUGAGAAAUAAAUAUAAACGAGAAGGUAAUAUCGUAGGUAGUAAUUGUAUGAAAUUAUUAGGUAAUUCAUUGUAUGGUAAAUCUAUUCAGAAGGAUAUAACUACAUCGAGACAUCUAUGGAGUGAAGCGACUUUAAAAGCCAACUUCGAUUCACACGUCAAAAGCUUUCCUAAAGUAAAUGAGACUCAAUAUAUCGUUGAGAUAAAUGAAGAAGAAAAAGAAUUUGACUGUACACCUCCUAAAUCUACACGACUAACACCUAGUCAUUUGGGGUCAUUCGUAUUAUCUCACAGUAAAAAAAUAAUGAAUAAAUUUAUUCACGUCAUAGAUGGAUUUUAUAAGCCGGAAAUAUACGAUACCGAUACUGAUAGUUUAUACAUUUCGUCUAGCAAUUGGGAUUAA